GUUGAUAAUAACAAGAUUUACCAGAAAUUUUAUUUUAAGGUCUCUCCUAACAAAUAGAAGUGUUAUAUAAUUAUUAAUACGAUAACUUACAUUCAAAAUAGCAUAAUUUCUAAUAACAUAUAGAAAUUCAGCAUUUCCCCAACCAUGUAGACGGCUUCAACCUGAAAAAGUCGGAACUUUUCCAUUCCACCUCUUUGAAUUCAUGAGUCAAGAGGCACUUCUCCUAUUUCUUGAACCGUGCGGCCAAAAACUUCCCUCGGUCGAAAACCAGAAAACUUUCCUCAGUCAAGUACUCCACAUUGAAUUCUCAUCAAAGGCAAAAACCAUUUUGUAGACAGGGGAAGCUUCCUCAGUCAGCCACUCCACAGCAUAACAUCCAUUUGAUCUCUGUCUAUAUAUGCAAACACAAAUCCCAAAAUUUCUUCAACCCAAAACAAGCCCCUAAAAUCACACCAGCUACCACCUCGCAGCAGAAGACAAUGAACCCAAAUGAUCAAGCCAACGAAGUCACCGAGCUCUUCCAAGCUCAAACCCACAUCUACAAACACAUGUACAACUUCAUCGAAUCCAUGGCCCUCAAAUCCGCCCUCCAGCUCACCAUCCCCGACAUAAUCCACAACCACAACAAACCCAUCAGCCUCAUCGACCUAGCAUCCGCCCUCAACGUCCCACCAGCAAACACCAACCCCUUGGAGCGGCUCAUGCGAAUCCUAGUCCAAUCAGGAUUCUUCGCCGUCGAGCAAGAAGGCUACACCCUCACCCCUUCUUCCAGAAUCCUGCUCGAUUCCAGCCCCACCACUCUGUCCCCAACCGUCCUCGCGAUUCUCGACCCUCUGCUCGUAACCCCGUGGUUCUCCCUCGCCGAUUGGCUCAAGAGCGAGGAUGCAACCGUGUUCGAAACCCACUUUGGGAUGAACGUCUGGGACUAUGGCAAGAAGAAGGAAGGGUUUGUGGGGCUGCUGAAUGAUGCAAUGGCUAGCGAUUCGCGGUUGGUGAGCUUGGUUGUGGAAGAACACAAGGAGGUUUUUGAUGGGUUGGCUUCUUUGGUGGAUGUUGGUGGUGGCACGGGGACUUUGGCUCGAGUUGUUUCUGAGAAGUUUCCGUCUAUGGAUUGUACGGUUUUGGACCUGCCGCAAGUUGUGGCAGAGUUGGGAGGAAGCAAGAACUUGAAGUUCGUUGGUGGUGACAUGUUUCAGUCCAUCCCUUCUGCAGAUGCAGUAUUAAUCAAGUCUGUUCUGCACAACUGGAGCGAUGAGAAAUGUGUGAAGAUACUGAAACGAUGCAAAGAGGCGAUUCCGAAGAAGGCAGGGAAGCUGAUUCUCAUAGAAAUGGUGAUCGAUGUAGGGAAAGAGGGAGCAGCGUCUGUCACGGCUUCUCUCUUGGCGCAUGGUUUGUCGUCAGGUUUACAGAUUGCAGUGGGAGUGUGGAACAGACACUACACUUGCCCUUGCUCCACAAGCAUCGGCCUCGAAGCAUUCGACAAAACUGAUUGGGUUCGUACCAUCGUCCAGAAUGGCGAUAAGGGCACCUUAGACUGAGCAACAUCCGUGAUCACAACCAACACGACAUCAGGAGCUUACCUCGCCACUUUCAGGCUUCAGCUUGACCAUGAGCUCUCUAAAUAUGCACGUUUCUCCGUUCAGCCAGUAACUUCAUCAAGAGAAACAGAGUUUAUGGAGACACGGGGCCCUUUAUUGUGUUCAUCAAGAAUGUCGGGCUGCUCUCUUGCUUGCUCCUUGCCUUCUCGCCUCUCGGGAUUUGUUCAUGCUGUAAAGCUUCUGGUUCACGCCAACUACCUGUUGUCGAUGAGUACCCCGGGGAACAAGAACUUGGAGAGGAAGAUUGAGCUCAUGAUUACAAGAGGUGGACACUCUUGGAACCUUGGACUUAGAGCUCUUUAUUUUGCUGUCACCAUGCUCCCAUACCCAUGUUUGCUUCCUGUGUUUUCAUGGUGGUCAUCUUUAGCGAAUGAAAGGAUAUGUGCUUGUAUUUGCGGAGAUGAAGCCAUGCAUGCCAGUUGAGUUCCUCGGAAGCAAAUCCCUUGACAGGUAAUAGGACGUUUAGGUGACAAAUGACUACCAUUCUUGCAAGUUGCAACUAUCUUAAAGUCCCUGUAGAGCUGUGAUUCAAUAUAUUGUGCAACCUUUUAUUUCCUUUUUUGGCGCUAAGUCAGUUGCUUGAUUGACUUGCUAUACAAAUUCCACGUUCUGGGAAUGGGAUAUGCUUGAAGAGGC